ACAAUAACCGGCCCAUAUUCAUUCAUACUUGGAACUACUAAUUGUAAAUAUCGAGGGAUUAUAAAUUAUAAGCCUAUAUUUGAUAUCCGUUAUCGUAAUUUACGAGUGACAAAGGUGAUAUACUAUCAAGCUUUAUUACUUAAAUAUAUUGUAAUUGUUUUAAUGAUACAGAAACUUGCAGUGCGCGAAGUAGCGUGCGUAAUACGCAAACGUUUUGGCAUGGCUCUCCGAGGAGUAACAGUGAAUGGUGUACAUAAACCAUGCAACUCUCAAUGCAAUCCUGUACAGUGCUGGAAAUGGGAUGUCAGCCCCAUCAUACAUCACACGAAACCAGUCACCUAUGCGGUCCUAGUACUUAAUACCCCAAUCACACAGAGUCAGAUGUUUUUCACACAAUUAUGGAAUAAUGCAAAAUUAAGAAUAACUGUGGAUGGCGGCAUCAAGAAAUGGGAGUCAUUUAUAAAUAAUUGUCCAGAAGAAAUACAAAAUGACAUCAAAUUACCAGACCUUGUGACAGGGGACUUUGAUUCAGUUUCUCAAGAUGACUUAGAGAAAUACAGAAAGAAAGGUUGUAAGGUGGCACACACGCCAGACCAGAACCACACGGACUUCACCAAGGCCUUGAUGGAAUUAUUCACGCAUUGCCGGGAAACCAACACAGAUGUGGACCAUGUCAUAGCAAUAGCGCAAUCGUCCCGAAGGAUAGACCAGAUAUUCGGCAACGUACAAACAUUGUUCCUGGCUAAAGAGAACCAGCUCCUCAGCCCCACAACCAAACUGUACCUGAUAUCUGACGAUGCUGUGUCUUGGUUACUCUCUCCGGGAGAUCAUGUAAUAGUUGUACCUGAGGAGUCAAAGAAACAUAAAAGAGCUUGGUGUUCAUUGGUGCCUGUUGGAGAGCCUUGCGUUGUUACUUCUACUGGACUGAAAUGGAAUUUGGACAGUCAGAUCUUAGCGUUCGGAAAGCUAGUCAGCUCGUCUAACACGUUCACGGAAUCGGACACAGUGACGGUCAAAUGCAGCCACCCCCUUCUGUGGUCUAUGAAAGUGCCCAGUCUACAAAGUUCUUGAAACUUAACAUUAACAUAGAAAAGAAAUUAGUAAAGGAACAAAUGUCAAAGUGCUAAUAAAUAGUUAUAAUAUAAAAGUAGAUUUUUAGUUACAAGUACAAAGUAGAAGUACAUAAGGAUUCAUGGAAGAUACCAAAUUGAGUAAAUCGACUACAGAACAUAAAUAAAUUCCCUUAAGUAUAGGUAUAUUAUUUAUACUAUGCUUUUCGUGUAAUUUUAUUCUAUAGUCUAAUUAAAAAUUAUUAGGGUUGUGGCUUGUAACUCUGUAUUUUUAGGUAUUCAAAUAAAAGUAAACAAGAUCUGCUCAAAUGGCUCCUUAAACCAGUUGAGGGUAGAUGAAAACAUUACACGAUCAAAUAAUGUAGGUUAAAGACAGGUCGUUCAGUGACUGAUCCAUCAGGCGGUUUUGUAAUUGAUUGGUUAACCAAUAAAUGUUAUAACUACCCGAAAAUUUACAAAUUGUUUGUUUACUUUUAUUUAAAUACCUAAAGAUACAGACUAUAGUUAAUGCAUCAUAAAAUAUAGUUAGUAUAGUUACGGGUAGUAUUUGGACUGAGUCCUAUAAUUUCCUGUUUCACAAUAACUACCAAAGCUAAUAUAAUUUAAUCUUGAAUUGUAUACGUAGUUAAUACGUAAUUUACGUACAGGUGCUUUAUUUUACGAAAGAUAAACGCAAAGCUCAAAACCUCAAACAGUUAUGCGAUUUACUGAUCAGUUUACGAUUAGAGUUGAGACGUUAACUCUAUUUUUACCAAUUUGCUUUUUUCGAAACCUUAAUCGUUGAAGAAAUAGAGGGCCUGUCCCCUAAAUCGAAAAAAAAUAUCUGCCUCUAUCGCUCUUGAAUAUUCGAGCGAUAGAGAGGUGAAAUUUCGUUUUUGCGAUAUAGUCUCGGUUACACGAAUUGACUCUGUUUGCUGAUGACAAGUUAUAAACCAAUAUUUAUUAUGAUUAACUUAUACU